GGAAAAGAAACUGUUGUUAUUUAUUCAAUAAUAGAUAAACACACAGCUCAACAUCAUCUAAUACGGUAGAACACCGGUGCAGUGUCCACUGGCUAGCUACUAGUAGUGUACUACGCGUACGGCGGUGGUACUAGUACCAGGUACGAUGUACCUGAUACUGUUCUUCUUGAGUUGCUGCUACACCGCAGUAGCUUCUGAUUCCGAUCCGAACCCUUGAUGAACUGGAAGAAGGAGAUGGUGUGAGGUGUGUGGCAACUGCUUCCACCUCUACUCCUUUCAAAGUUCCACUGAGCUAAAACAAAAGUGUUUCGGGCACUCCCUCAUGUCCACAAAAAAAUGCUCUCUGCAAGUACCUGUAGCCACUAUAGCUAGCUCGAGCUGGAAGAUUGUAGCCACCAAGCAUGGAAGAAACCUCGAAAGAUUGCGACGUAGCCCAUGAGGAGCAAUCCCAUGUAUCUUCAGUCACAGAAUUGCACAAUGUUGAUCUCUAUCCUCCUUCUGGGACCAUGUAUCCCUCCCUCGAAAGCGUAGACGACGGGGAGGAGAAGGAAGAUCAGGACGCUGAGAUCAAUACCGGCGCGAGUGAGAAGGAGGCUGUCAGAGUCGCUGCCAUGAUGGACGCAUGCGACGACACCGCGCCCAAGGAUCCAAGCCAAACGGCAAUGGUGCAGAAGCAGCACCAAUCUAAGGAAACCAUGGCAAAACCUCAUAGUGGCGGAAUGACGAAGAACGCCAUAUCACAGGAAGACAACCAAACAAAAGUGGUUCAGGAGUCAUCAAUGGCACCCAGCCAGCAGCACAAUUCAGAGAUGCCCUAUGAUCCAUUCACCAUUGAACAAAUCAUGGCUUUGCCACAAGAAGAAGACCAGCAACAAGCCCAACCAGGAGCCCGCAGUGUCGCUUCAUUGAAUGCAUCUGCUCCCGGUGCCUUUUUGGUGACAGGAACGGGUGGGACUCCCAGGACUUCCAGUAGAGAGGAGGCUGAUUCCACCGCGAUGGGGCACAAUGAACCACCGCGACAGGAACAGUCAGCCUACCCUACCCAUGUGCCACCCACAUCCUUGCACCACGACAUUGAAGCUGUCGUAGUAGAAGAAGAGGUUGAAAGGGCUCAAAUAGAAGAAGAGAUUAGGAAGAAAGUAUUGGAAGAGGCUGUUCAGGCUGAUGUUGUGACAAACCAUGGUUCUCAUAAGCGCUGGAUGGCUCUUGCCCUUGUUACUCUGGUGAUUGCAUUGAGUCUUGCUAUUGGGCUGGCCUCGUCGUUGUCGUCCAAGAGCAACGAUGACACGGAAAACGACAAGAACAACGACGACGAUGACAACGAGAUGUUGAUUGACGAACGUCCUACUCUGGAGAUUGUCAGAGAACGUGGGUAUGUCAAAUGCGGGAUGGAUGAAGGAGCCUUCGUUUCAAUUGACGAAGAUACCAAGGAGAUAUCUGGAUUCAAUGUGGAACAAUGCCAAGCGGUGGCAUUGUUGGCAUUAGGAGAUUCAACCAAAUUUGAGCCCUUCUGGGUCACGUCCACUACCCGGUUCCUAUUCCUUCAGAACCGAACUGUGGAUCUAUUGACAGAAGGAACGACUCACACCAUGGGCCGAGAUGUUCAUGAAGGGAGUAGUCAAACAGGAUUCACCUUCACUACUCCAUAUGUUUAUGCUGGAUUGGUUUUUGCAGGCACUGCCAACUUUGUUGAUUGUGCAGAAAACUAUGAUAGCUUCAACGGAGUCUGUCGGGACUUGAAAGUCUGUGUGGCUGAAGGAACAACGCACAUUAACAUUGUCUACGAUACUCUGCCUGGCUCUGUCAUCGCCCCCUUCACGGGAACCCCGGAGCUGAUUGCCAAUCUGGAAUCAGGAAAAUGCAAUGCGUUUGCAACAGAGCCACCCUUUCCACCACAGGCGAAAGAACUUUAUGGCAGAAGUGAGGAUUUCAAAGUGGGCGCAAAGUUUUUUUCAAAGGAACCGUUGGCUCUAGUCACAAGAAGCAAUGAUCCGGAGUGGAGCUUCCUGGUUGACUUGGUUGUCCAUGCAUUUACCCUCGCGGAGGCGCACAACAUUUCCAAGCUUAAUGCCGAGGAGAUGGCAAACCUUUUCGUUGAAAACAGUACCAUUUCCGAAAGCAACGUCCUUCAUGGUGUCCAGAAGAACAGCGAAGGCAUUGGCAACAUAUCACCGUUGCUGGUGUCGAUGAUUGCAGAGUUUGGAAAUCACGGUGAUCGAUAUGCAGAACAUAUUGAAAGCCUGAUCCCUCGACAGUAUGGCUUGAAUUCGGUGUACGACAAGUCUCAGUCCUCGGGACUGCUCUAUGCCAUCCCCUUUGGCAAAGUUGAAGAACCUGGGCCUGGGCCAGUCCUCAACGGCACCUUGGAUACUGUGCUUCGACGUGGUUAUUUGAGAUGUGGGGUACUGCCAUCUCGAGGUCCUGGCUUUGUGUCAAACCCAGCAGCCGAGGCAACGAAUCUGGCUUGGACAGGCUUCGAUGUUGAAUUUUGCAGAGGCCUUGCAGCAUCGCUCUUUGCUGGCGACAAAACCAAGAUUGUUUUUGUGGAACUCCAGGACGCCGUUGAAUCUUACUUUGCUCUGUCCAAUACCACGGUUGAUGUUGUAGGCGGUGCCCGUGUGACGCUCCAGGCAGGCUGCAAUGAACCCAACACUGGACAUGGUUUCACAUUCUCGUCUCCCUACUAUUAUGACAACGAACGCAACGAUGCAUUUGCAUUUCUAACCCGUCAAGAAGACUCACAGUGGAGCGACUUCGUUUAUUGGAUGGUCAUGGCCGUUGUGUAUGCCGAAGAGGAAGGUAUCACGAAGCAAGACUCUUCAUCUAUGCCCGUUGUCACCCUGUUUGGAGAACACCUAAAGCAGUGCCUCCGGGACUGUAUCUCGGCAUUGGGGUCGUACAAGGAGCUGUACCUCGGCACACUCCAGGCUUUCGUUCCCAGAUCUGGCGCCAACACUCUGAAUGAGGGCUUGGCAUGGCCUCAAAUGUUUCCGAUCCCCCCUGUUUAGACCAAGUCGAGGGCGGCGGGGGUUGCUGCCGUGUCUCUUGAAUGGCCGUUCAAGCCAGCAACUGCAGCAGAAAGCCAAAUGAAUGUGCAUCUUUGUUCCUGCUCUUGAGCCUUGCCGUGGCGUUUGAGGGCGUCGAAUCGAUAAGGUGGGAGCACAUCAGCAUUGAUAUAAACUGGAGAAAGCUACCGCAAACUGCUUGCCUCUUUUUAAUUGCUAGACCGAUGAUCUGUGGGAGCUUGAGUGAUUCGGCGAAAGAACGAGCCCUGAGAAGGCUGGAACAAGAACACCAUCAAUCAAAUCAGCCAGAAUAUGCAUGGCAGGGUCUUCGCCACAAGCAGCUGGACUUGGAAAAGAGAGAAUGAGGCUGAAACUCACAACGAACUCUUGCUAGCUUGCCACCUCGAUUUCCCCACCCCAUCCACCCCCUCCGCACAACGUCAAAUCACUGUUCUGGAUCUCGCCAUUGGAUUGCAGAGGUACGGGGACAUCCCGGUAUGUACAUGUACAUGUAAGCACUAGCUACCGGUACAUAGUACUGUAGCAGGUAGGAUUUUAACUUUUACCAAUAAAGACACCACCUCCAUGAUUGAACAGCGAAACAAGAAGCAGCUUAUUUUUUAGGCUACUAAAUGAGAGGUAAGGAAAGGGGGGCCCAAAAUCUCAGGCUUUGUUUGUCUUCACAGGAGUGGCUGGCUACCAGCCUAAAGACCGAGAGCCAGGAAAGUCCCGCAAAAGCUGUAUUUUGCGAUAAACCAUAAUUAAGCACCUUGAACUGUUGAAAAAAAUCAACAGGUGUUGAAAAAGUGUUGAUUAAGUGUUGAAAAAGUGUUG